UCUGACGUCAUCUCUGUGCGCAGGACCGUCUUCUUCACACGUGUUUCCGAACGUCUCCGGUGUUUUCAUCUCGCUUUUCUUGGAUUAAACAGCGACGUUUCCCGACAGCAGCGGGGUUUUAGCGAUGGCGCAAAGGAAGAAGAGGCUGCUGAGGAGGAAGAAGAGAGAUCACGAGCUCCAGUCCGACGAUGAAGAGUUUGAAGUGACCACACGAGUCAAAGAUGACCAGGACACAUCCAGCAGAAGACUGCCUCGGUUCCCAGCUUCGUCCGAGUGUGUUUCUGACGUGGAGCUGGACACCAGAGAGCUCGUCCGAGCCCAGAACAAGAAGAAGAAGAAGUCUGGAGGCUUUCAGUCCAUGGGUCUCAGUUAUCCGGUGUAUAAAGGAGUCAUGAAGAAGGGCUAUAAAGUUCCCACACCCAUCCAGAGGAAGACGAUCCCGGUGAUCCUGGACGGGAAGGAUGUGGUGGCCAUGGCUCGGACCGGCAGCGGGAAGACGGCCGCGUUCCUCGUGCCCAUGUUCGAGAAGCUGAAGGCCCCGCAGGCACAGACAGGGGCCCGAGCUCUGGUCCUCACACCCACCAGAGAACUCGCCCUGCAGACCAUGAAGUUCACCAAAGAGCUGGGGAAGUUCACGGGUCUGAAAACAGCGCUGGUUCUCGGAGGAGACAGCAUGGACGACCAGUUUGCUGCUCUUCACGAGAAUCCAGACAUCAUCAUCGGUACUCCUGGUCGUCUGAUGCAUGUUAUUCAGGAGAUGAACCUGAAGCUGCAAGCCGUGGAGUACGUGGUGUUCGAUGAAGCUGACAGGCUGUUUGAAAUGGGUUUUGCGGAGCAGCUUCAGGAGAUCAUCAGACGUCUUCCAGACACGAGGCAGACGCUGCUGUUCUCUGCCACGCUGCCCAAAAUGAUCGUGGAGUUCGCCAGAGCCGGCCUCACGGAGCCGGUGCUCAUUCGUCUGGAUGUGGACACGAAACUGAGCGACCAGCUGAAGCUUUCCUUUUUCCACCUGCGUUUGGAUGAUAAACCGGCUCUUCUGCUGCAUCUGCUGAGAAACGUGGUGAAGCCUCAGGAGCAGACGGUGGUGUUCGUAGCCACCAAACAUCACGUGGAGUAUCUCAAAGAGCUCCUAACAGUCGAGGGCAUUGAGUGUGCCUACAUCUACAGCGCUCUGGACCAGACGGCCCGUAAGAUCAACAUCGGCCGCUUUGUGCACCGCAAGGCCAUGGUGCUGCUGGUGACGGACGUGGCGGCCCGUGGCAUUGACAUCCCGCUGCUGGACAACGUCAUCAACUACAACUUCCCUUCCAAGGCUAAGCUGUUCCUGCACAGAGUCGGUCGUGUGGCUCGCGCCGGCAGAGGAGGAGCUGCCUUCAGUCUGGUGUGUCCCGAUGAAGUGCCUUUCCUCUACGACCUCCAUCUGUUCCUGGGUCGACCGGUUCAGCUCGCCCUCCUCGAACACGCGCCAGAUGCUGACGGCGUCUUGGGCCGAGUUCCUCAGAGCGUCCUGGACGAUGAAGAGUCUCAGCUGCUGACGGCUCACGAGAACUCCCUGGAUCUCCAGAACCUCCGGCGCGUCUCUGAGAACGCUUACAAGCAGUACCUGAAGUCUCGGCCGAACCCCUCCGCCGAGUCCAUCAAACGUGCCAAGAACACCGACCUGUCCUGCAUGGCCGUUCAUCCUCUGCUGGGGUCCGGACUGGAGCCGAUGGAGCUGGACCGGCUGCUGAUGGUGGACUCCAUCAAGGGCUACAAGUCCAAAUCUACUAUCUUUGAAAUCAACUCCAACAACAAGAGCAGCGCCAGCGAGGUGAUGCGAGCCAAACGCUCCCGAGACGAUCGGCUGCUCGACAAGUUUUCUAAAGCGCGAGCGGAGCGGUUAGUCGAGUCUGCGGUCCCCGUCGUAACCAGAACCGAACCUCAGCCCGAGGAGGACGACGAGCUUCAGACUGUGUUCUCAGAGGUGGUUGGAGGAAAAAGACGAAAGCAAGGUGAUGAAGCGGACAGACCAAAGAGCAAAAAAAUCAGAAAAUCUGGAAAAGAUGAGGAGUUUUACAUCCCAUACAGACCUAAAGACUUCAACUCUGAGCGCGGGCUCAGUCUCGGCCGUGACGGAGGCUCUUUCGAGCAGCAGGCCUCUACUGCCGUCCUGGACCUGAUGGGAGACGAGAGCAGCACGUUAAACCAGCACAAGAGUCUGAUGAAAUGGGACCGCAAGAGGAAGCGCUUCGUCCGAGACACGGGCAAAGAGGACAAGAACAAGAAGAUCAGGACAGAAAGCGGGCAGGUGGUCAACAGCAAAAAGAAGAAGAGCUUUUAUGAAGAAUGGAAGAAGAAGUAUAAGAUCGACGACAGAGACUCGGAUGAAGAAACCGGAGGAGCAACGAGAGGCAGGAGCUUCGGAGGCCGCCGAGGUCGAGGAGGAGCUCCGGCGCAGCAGCGGAGCGGGUCAGGCGUCCGAUCUGAGCUGAAGAACCGCGAUCAGAUCCUCAAGCAGCGCAAACGCAAAGCCAAGCAGCAGUUCCUGCAGAGCGGCGGCAUGAAGAAGCUCCGGGCCAAAGGACGCCAGCGUCUGCAGGAAGUCAUGAAAUCCGGCUUCGGUCGCGGCGGCUUCAAGAAAGGAAAGAUGAGGAAGAAACUUUAACUUUAAAUGAGGAACGACGCGCACCUGCAAUCAGUGACGCAGAAAACCGGAUGGACCUGUUAUAUACGGCUAGAACGAGUGAAUGUUUGAUCUGUGCGUCUCUUAAACUGAUUUAAAGGGAUGGUUCAGGUUCAACUGAAGCUCUGCUGGCGGCUGGGAGCUUGUGGAAAUACAUUAUCACAAAAAAUGAUUUACUGUGUUUUUGUUUAAUAAACGAUAUUUAGAGUAAGACACUUUCAGUGGAAGUCUAUGGGCCAGGCAGUGCAUGCACCGGUUCAUUUGGCCUAGUCUGCAAAGCUUUAUCUGGUUCUUAAAGGUCUCUUUUGCACGACAUUCACAAAACUCCUUUAAAAAGGUAAGACUAAUAUUUCUGAACUGAUUAAUUACUAGAGUUUUGUGGAGCUGGGCCUGGGGUCAAACUCAACUUGAUGGGUUUUUUUGUUCAAAUUAAUGUUAAAUAUUAAUGUAAAUGUUCUAGUUGACUGUUAAAGCGCCCUAUGAAGUAGACUUGCAAUCCAGGAGCAAACAUGUUCACUUUUAAGGGCACUGCAGGCGCUCUGUUUUUUAUUUAUACAUUGAAGUUUUGAUCUGUUGAAUUAUUUAGUAGCACACCGAACGAUUGGUGGUGCAUCUAAUUGUAAAGACUUCUAAGAAACAAAAAGCACAAAAUAAGAAACACGUUGCAUUCACGACCAAAUAAAUAACACUUCAUUUCUCCAGAGUAAGUGAACAGUCAGGGUCAGAUCGUGUGUUUCAGUCUAUUAUUGUUCUCUGUAAACAUGAACAAAGUGUAUUAAGUAAAAACGUUUUUAAGAAAAUAUGAAAA